AUGGAAGUGGAAAUACCAGACCGCAUCUUCACGAAAGAAGAAGUUAACCGCUGUUAUUUAAAAUGGCAACAAUUGCGAAAUCUACAUGGUGAAAAUGCACCCAAGAUACCAGAAUUUAUUAUGUGUACCAGAAUAUUACAAAAGGCAGCAAAACAACAACAGGAUGCCAAGCUGCAGCAGCAAAAUGCAGUCCAAAACAAUACACAAUUCGAUCAAAGUAAUGACCCACGAGAAAGUGUUUCAAUAGCUGGAUCACCGAAAGCAGGAAAUUUACCUCCAAUACAACCCGUGAACUCCAGAAAGCAAAGUGAAGUGAGUAAGGUGCCGCCUAAUCAAGGGAACAAUCAAGCGCCGCAGCUAGUGGAUGGUAUGCAAAAUCAAUUAUCACCUGGACAGCAGUAUCAGAAUGCUCUAGACCAACAUCAUGGAGGUGAACAGGAGUUCCAAGCUCAACCUCGCGCACAAUUGCUGCCUGAGAAUGAGAAGGCUCAAAUGGAAGCUGAACUUCAACAAUCUGGUUCAGGACAGCAGGAUGGACCUUUUUAUAACCAGCACAUGCCUCAACAAUCGCCACCAUCGAUUCAACCGAAUUACAAGCCAACCCUUUCCAACACGGAAAAGGAACCCAAUGGUUUAUCAAACAAUUAUAACAAUAGCAACCCUAGCCAACGAGGAACGCCAAUGUCAGCGGGAUCUCCUCAGCAACGACCUCAUCCUGCAAGUAUAUUUACUCAUGAACAGUCAACUUUAUUGAAAGCACAAAUUACUGCCUUGAAGUGUCUUGUAAACCAACAACAGGUUCCUAGAGAAUGUCAAGUUGUCAUUCAACAGUCUAUAGAAAGACCACCUGAUUUCAAGCGAAUGUUAAUGUCUUUAAGUGAAUUUGUGAAAAGACAACAUUUUGAAAGACAAAAUGGUCAAAAACAUGAAGGACCAAAUGUUGCUGGAGCCACACAACACGUUGGCAACAAUCCAAAUGCGACAAAUACACAACAAUCCAUAAUUAAUGACAAGAAACCCUCACCAACCGAAGAACAAGGCGAGAAUCCAAAUCCAAGCAUUAUUAAACAAGAGCUUUCUCAAACCAUAGAAAAUCAACAGAAUACCCAAACUACUACAAAUGAAGCAACAGACCUAUCACUUCCUGAUCGUGUCGAUACAACGAAAAUGGAACAGCAGAAAGAGAAGAUUUUGGAUUUAGGUAAAUCUGCAACUCCAAAGGAAAAUAUACCACCUGGUCUAAUCGACAAAAGACGAUCGAGAACACUUUCAAAUCAGGACGACCUCUCUCCAAAAUCAAUUACCUCAGAAGAAAUACGUGAUGCAAGGAAAUCUUCUGUGAAAGAAAAUGAACUACCGCAAUCACCUCCUUUCGAAGGUGAAAAAGAACCUCCCCAGCAAGCUGCCCCAAUAUUACUGGAAGAAUUUAAACUAUUGCAUAAAGAGAUCAAAGAAGUCGUUAAUGUUACCGAUCCAAGCAUGAUUGUUGACGCCUUUUCUUUACCUAAUAUGGAAACCAAAGUAGAUUACGAGAAAUUAUUUCCAACGUCUGAAACUAGCAAACAGGAGAUAUACCCAGGUUUGUUACCAACCGGAUUAGAUGUUCAUUCAGCAACUGAACUAUACCAUACAUUAACGGCAUUGAAUAUAGGCACUACCAUAGACGCUUUUCUCAAUGAUAUAGUAAGUGAUAAGACUGAUGAGGAAACACGUUGCAAUUCUCUUUAUGACUACUAUGCCCUCCAAUUACUACCUUUACAGAAGGCAGUCAGAGGACAUGUUUUGCAGUUUGAAUGGUAUCAAAAUUCCUUAUUGCCUAAUACUCAUCCAAAUUUCUUGUCCAAAGUGAGAAAUAUUAAUAUGCUCGAUACCAUCUUUACAAGAGAAUUAUACAGGAGACACGAGUUGGUACAAUAUCAGAAACUAAUGGUUCACGAAGAGAGGAAAUUGAGAAGCAUAACCCAUUCUUCUGUAGUUCAGUUCAAUCUGAAAAAUGAAAGAAGAAAUAGACAUGUAAAGACCGGUAAUAAAUUCUUUAACAUUCAUGCCACCAUAGAGAAAGAUGAACAAAGAAGGGUAGAAAGAAAAGCUAAGGAACGUUUACAGGCAUUGAAAGCAAAUGAUGAGGAAGCAUAUAUUAAACUAUUGGAUCAAACAAAAGAUACAAGAAUCACACAUUUAUUGAAGCAAACAAAUGCCUUUUUGGAUUCUCUAACGAGGGCAGUUAAGGACCAACAAAAAUAUACUAAAGAGAUGAUCGAUUCUCACUUACUUGAAGCCUCUGAGGAGGAUAAAUCCGUUUCCCCUUCAAUGCCAGUGGCUACAUUUCCUGAUGAGGAAGAUGGGGAAGAGAAGGGAAAUUUUGAUUACUACAGUGUUGCACAUAGAAUUAAGGAAGAGAUAAGGCAACAACCCGCUAUGUUAGUUGGCGGAACCUUAAAAGAAUAUCAAUUGAAAGGUCUUCAAUGGAUGGUUUCAUUAUUCAAUAACCAUUUAAAUGGUAUUUUGGCUGAUGAGAUGGGUUUAGGUAAGACAAUUCAGACAAUUUCGUUAUUGACAUACCUUUACGAAACGAAACAUAUUCAUGGACCUUAUCUUGUUAUUGUACCCUUAUCAACAUUAUCGAAUUGGAGUAACGAAUUUGCUAAAUGGGCACCUACAAUGAGAUGUAUCUCUUAUAAAGGUUCUCCUAAUGAAAGAAAAUCUAAGCAUGCAAUUAUCAAGUCAGGAGAAUUUGAUGUGGUACUGACAACUUUCGAGUACAUUAUUAAAGAGAGGGCGUUAUUAUCAAAGGUAAAAUGGAUUCACAUGAUUAUUGAUGAAGGUCAUAGAAUGAAGAACGCGCAAUCAAAGUUAUCACUAACUUUGAAUACGUAUUAUCACUCUGAUUACAGACUAAUUCUAACUGGGACUCCACUGCAGAAUAAUUUACCAGAAUUAUGGGCACUACUAAAUUUUGCGCUUCCGAAGAUUUUUAACUCUGUAAAGUCGUUCGACGAAUGGUUCAACACACCUUUUGCGAAUACUGGUGGUCAAGAUAAGAUUGAACUAAGUGAAGAAGAAACUUUACUAGUUAUCAGAAGACUUCAUAAAGUGUUAAGACCUUUCUUAUUGCGUCGUCUCAAGAAGGAUGUUGAGAAGGAACUUCCAGAUAAAGUAGAAAAAGUGAUCAAAUGUAAGAUGAGCGCCUUACAACAAAUUAUGUACCAACAAAUGUUGAAAUAUCGUCGUUUGUUUAUCGGUGAUCAUACAAAUAAAAAGAUGGUUGGUUUAAGAGGGUUCAAUAACCAGCUAAUGCAGUUGAAAAAGAUUUGCAAUCAUCCCUUCGUUUUUGAAGAGGUAGAAGAUCAAAUUAAUCCCACGCGUGAAACCAAUGCAAACAUAUGGCGUGUUGCUGGUAAGUUCGAAUUGUUAGAAAAAGUACUUCCAAAAUUAAAAGCCACUGGACAUCGUGUUUUAAUUUUCUUUCAAAUGACCCAAAUUAUGGAUAUUGUCGAAGAUUUUUUGAGGUUCAUUGAUAUCAAGUAUUUGCGAUUAGACGGUCAUACAAAGUCAGAUGAUCGUUCAAAUCUUCUUAAGUUGUUUAAUGCACCUGAUUCUGAAUAUCUCUGUUUUAUACUGUCAACCAGAGCCGGUGGGUUAGGAUUAAAUCUACAAACUGCUGAUACCGUUAUUAUUUUUGAUACAGAUUGGAAUCCACAUCAAGAUUUGCAAGCUCAAGAUAGAGCUCACAGAAUUGGUCAAAAGAAUGAAGUUAGAAUUCUACGUUUAAUUACAGAACAUUCGGUGGAAGAAGCAAUUCUUGAGAGAGCCCAUAAAAAGUUGGAUAUUGAUGGAAAGGUUAUUCAAGCUGGUAAAUUUGAUAACAAAUCAACUUCUGAAGAGCAAGAGGCGCUACUAAGAUCUCUUUUGGAAGCUGAAGAAGAACGUAAGCAAAGAAGAGUAAAAGGACUUCCAGACGAAGAAGAAAUGGGAGAUAACGAACUAAAUGAGUUAUUAGCAAGAAAUGAUGGAGAAUUAGAAAUUUUCCAUGACCUUGAUGUAGAGAGGCUAAAACGUGAUUCAGAAAGAGGUUUAAAAUCAAGAUUAUUGGCAAAUGAUGAGCUUCCAGAAGUUUAUCACCAGGAUAUAGAAAAAGAAUUAGAAAAGGAGCAAUCUGAAGCAGCGGCGGUUUAUAGUGGAAGAGGCGCAAGAGAACGUAAGGCGACCACAUACUCUGAAAAUGUUACUGAGGACCAGUGGUUGCAGCAAUUUGAGGUCAGUGAUCAUGAAGAUAAUGACAAUAAUGGUAACAAUUCCAUGGAUGAAGGGUCAUUAGAUGCAAAUGGGAAUCCUAGGAAGCGUAAAACUGCAAGAUCUCGCGGAAAAUCUAAGAGAGCUAAACUGUCUGGUGAAUCUGAUGCUCCCGAAAAUACUAUUCCUGAAAGCCCUAUGACAGUUGAGAACACACCUAAUGAAGAAUUACAUUCAUCUCCAGACCUCGUUUCAUCUCCUGUGGAGAUUCCAUUAAGUACUGGGGCACCAACGACUGCAGGAAAGACUUCAAUCAAAUCAGCAAGAACAUCCACAAAGGGACGUAGCAAAAUACGUGCCAAAGGACGCAGUCGCGCGAAAGGCCGUUCACGUCAAGUUAAACCUAAAAAUGGCCUUGAAUAUGUUCGGACUGCACAGGCUGCCGUUGAACCAUUACAAGUUCGUGAGAAUGUCUCAAAAACUGCUCAGAUCUUAUACGAUUUUGCUGUGAAUUAUGAAAAUAGUGAUGGAAGACCGUUAUCUGGAAUUUUUAUGACCAAACCUUCGAAAACUUUGUACCCUGAUUAUUACUUACUGAUCAAGUAUCCAGUGGCCUAUGAAAAUAUUCAAAGGCAUAUUGAUGAUAAGGCGUAUAAUAAACUAUUCGAAGUAUUGGAGGAUUUUCACUUAGUCUUUGCAAAUGCAAGAAUAUACAAUACUGAGGAUUCAUUGGUUUAUCAGGAUGCUAUUGAAUUGGAAGGUGUGAUUAUUGAAAAAUAUAAAGAACUUUCGAAGGAUAUCAAUCCUAUUGAUUUUUCGUUAUUUGAUGAGCUUUACGCAACUCAGCCGCUGGUCUUAAAUAAUAUUUCAGAAACUUAA